GUAUGCUUUUCAGAGCACCCUGGCUUGUGAAGCAUUGCCUGGUUAAACUGGAAUUGAAGCAGGACAACGCCAGUUCCUCCUGGUCCAGAAAAGGGCUCCGCUGCGGAACCGGCCCUCGGGAAACAUGGGAAAGGGCUACAAGGUGGUGGUUUGUGGAAUGGCCUCAGUGGGAAAGACUGCGAUUUUGGAGCAGCUUCUCUAUGGAAAGCAUACUGUUGGCUUAGAAGAGGGUGCCACAAUGGAAGAUGUGUAUUUGGCAUCGGUGGAGACAGACCGAGGCGUGAAGGAACAAUUGCGGCUUUAUGACACCAGGGGUCUGCAGGAGGGUGUGGAAUUGCCCAAGCACUAUUUCUCUGUGGCUGACGGCUUCGUCCUGGUGUACGCCGUGACCAGCCUCGAAGCCUUCCAAAGAGUCGAACUGCUCAAAAAGGAGAUUGACGUCUUCAGGGACAAAAAGGAGGUUGCAGUUAUUGUCUUGGGAAACAAAACUGACCUCCUGGACCAAAGGCAAGUGGAAACAGAAGCAGCACAGCAAUGGGCAAGGGCUGAGAAAGUGAGACUGUGGGAAGUGACUGUGACAGAUCGGAAAACACUGCUUGAACCCUUCACCUUCUUAGCUAGCAAACUGUCCCAGGCCCAGAACAAAUCAACAUUUCCCUUGCCUGGAAGGAAGAGCAAAGGGAAUAACUGUGAAAACUAGACUAGCUUAGCAUUGUCUCCUGCUGCCAGGUCACAGUCUAAGUCCUUUUUGUGCCAUUUGCUCCUUGCAGUUUCAUUUAAAGCAAUAAUACCACUCAGCAAUAAAAUCAGCAAGCUUAUAGCUAAGAGGCAUCCUUCCUUCUCACAGACUUGGCUUGAAAAAGCUGCUGUUGGUAAAAGCCUCAAAAAGCACUUCAUGAGAGCAGUUAUUUUGCUGCCAGGAUUAUGGAGGAGGAAGGGAUAGAUGGGAUACCUCUUAGCAGGGCCUUUUACUAUGCCUGGAUAUAGCCAUGUUGAGGGACAAAUCAACAAGCUUACCAGUAUAUAAUCGCCCUGCAGAUCUAUAGCCUGUAGUCACAAAAAGUAGCUGCAAUUUGGAAAAAGCUUUCAGUUUGGAAAGGUGAUAUAUUUGAAAUGGCAACAGUUCUUUUACCUUGACCUUAAACAGGGCCAUAGGGCUUUUUGAUGCUGCAAGAGACUGAGAUCAGUGUCUUGCUGUAGGAAAGGAUAUGGAGUGGGAGGAACAGUUACCAGAUUUAGCCAGUGAUGUUUUGCUAGUGUCUGGAAGAAAAAAAACACCCCCCACAUCUUCUGGGAAAUACCCCAACAUGAACCUUGUCAACAAAGUCUAGUAAGCAGUGCUUUCAUGUCAGGAAUUCAUUUGUAGAAACCAGAAAAGCUCUUGGAGCACUCAUUGAUUGAACAACCUAAGGACAACGCAGCUAUGGGUUUGCUCCAGCCUGUCCACUACAAAUCAGUCACAUUCUCAUAGGUGGUAAUUUUACUGAGGAUUAUAUGGAUCAAUUUUGUAUGCAGGAUGUAUUGCUGGGCUCUGCUUAGGGCACACUUACCUGGCUGCUCAGGUAAGCUGCAGCAAUCUGCCCUCCAUAGGCCAGAUAACAGCUGGUACAAAGUGCUGUAUGACUCUGCAGGUGGGGGCUGAGGAGGGUAGGAGGCUGCCUUUUUGCAGACAUCCCUGUGGCAAAUGCCCAGAAAUACCUGUACGAACGGCCUCGGUCUUCAUGCACUGCACAUGGUUCAGCUGCAGGAGCACAGCUGCACGUGCUGUGUUUGCCUCAACCCUGGCAAACCUGUGUGCUGAAGGACUCUGCUGUCCCAGACCAGCCUGGCAGUAAACUGAACUAAAGGGGAUAUAUAGACGGACAGAAUGAGCCACUUUUCCCAGAGACAGGAGCCAGAUUUUUGGCAUCUAACAACCUGCUGUACUAAUUGAUGCUAGCUUUUCUUUAUAUUUGAAGGCAAGAGCAGGGAAAGGGAGUGAAGUACCCAGUUUCUGCAUUUUCCACUAAAUUAAUCCUCUUUUGAACAAAUACUAAGAAUUUCACUGUGAAUCAGCAAAACCACAAGCAAUAUUUGCACUGUCAUAUCAUAAGUGCUAAAUUGUGUGCUUAAUGAUCACAAUUAAGCUCAUAGUAUUGCUCUUCCUGAAUACUGAUUAAUAAAGCCUGUCAGCACUACUAAAGUCUGUCAGCAUUAUUAAUGUCAGAGCAGCAGUACACUUCACUGAAAAUUAAGCAGGAAUCUCUACCAUUAUAAUGGAGGUAGACGAAACUGUUUAUGCGCUUUGCUCAAUAUGGUUUGAAUUGCUGUGGCCAAGGAGUAAGAUAAGAGAGUAAUUAUGAAUGAGCAAGCUUUUGUAAUGCCCUGCUAGGAACAUAAAAUUGUUUCCAUUGCAACACUGCAGCUGAGUAAGCACUAUAGCACGACCUCCCCCUACCUGGCCAGUAAUAGUCAUUGUCCCCAGCAGUGCUGCAGGAUGACACUCCCUCCUCACUCAUUUCCUACUGAACACACGUGUAAGUGUACUCCAGGCUUCUUCCUACCCAGAAGACCCAGUAUAUGCUUGCAUGCUUGGCAAGUGGAGGCGACUUCAGAGCAGCAGUGGUUCACCACCUCACUACAACCUCUUACCAAGGAAUGGGUCACGUUCCUAUUCUUCAGCUCUGCAAAACCCUUUUUCUCAAAGGGACUUCCAUCAGCCUUGAAGCAAUCAAAAUAAGUGAAGAUGUCUACUAAUAGCACAUCACUAAAGCUGACCCUUGAGCCAAAGGAGUGCAUAUUGACAAGUCUGAAUGAACUUAAAAUGCCUGGAGAUGGAAAGAAUGGGGAUGACUGGUUCCUGUCCAGCUCUGCAUGCUGCAGACUUGGUGCCAAUUUUUCUGCCAAGACUGAUGUCACCUGUAGGCUGCCAGAGCUGUGCAGUGCAAGUGUAGCUUGCUUGCUUGCUCCACUGGACUUCCAGGACCUGACUGUUUUAAGACAGGCAAGGGAAACAGAUCUUCUAAAUGACUAAGGCCAUUUUUCCAAAUAGGCUACAUAAAGGCAAACACAUUUUCUUUGAUUUGGCUAAAUUUAGAGUUUAGAUUAUUUGAGACAUUCAGAUAAAAAAAAAAAAACACCACCCACUGUUUUCUUUCAUAAACUUAUUCUGAUGUUUUUUCUAAAUAUUAUAGUGUUUUACUGACAAGUGAUGGAAAAUCUGGUGUCUCAUCUACAAAUGAUAUGCACACAGUGGCUGUUACUGGAUAAAAAUGAAACUUGCUGUAGUAGAGUUUUACACAGGGCUAACAGGCAAAGUACAGUGUAUAAUGUGAUAGCUAAUGGGCAGAACAUGCAUUUUUUUCUUACUGUUCCACUGACUCAAACCCUGUUCUAGGUCACUGGGAUUAUUUACCUGCUGCAAAACUAGAGUCCUUUCACAAUAUAAUGGAGAAAAAUUAUUAUAAAGAAGAAAAACGAAUUAGGAAACUAAACCAUCUUUCUCUCUUCCUCUAAAGCCUCUACCCUGCUGAAUAAACAUUGUACAAAUCAGUUGCCCCCACCAGUUACAACAGUUAAUUUGACAUGUCCUGGUGGCACAAAGCAAGAAGCUGGAAAAAACCUACUGAGAGAUUAAGCCAUUUACUCUUUACUCAGUAGCAGAGAGGGAAAGAUUACCAGAGAUGCUCCUAGUGUUAUGUAGAUACCAAACAGGCAAACAGCUGAGGGAACUCAUACACCAAAGGCACUGUCAAAUGACAGCAGUUCAACUGAUGAGGGUAAGGUGCUACUAUCCACAGCCACCCAGCAAAGGAAAGGACACUUUUAAUUAACAGACCACUUUGGCCCAAUUUAGAUUUGCUCUGUAUCUAGAUAGGAUGAGAGGUACUCAAAUGAAAUACAUGCAGAAUUUUUUUUGCUCCAAAUCCGAGAGCGCAGAUGACCACCCAGCACUCACAAGAAUGUCGCAAGGUGAAGGGCUCGCCAUGUGAAAAUGAAUCUGUGCUUCCGGCCUGUACCUUAAGGGAGUGGUUACAAAUGCCAUCUCCACAAUUUACUGCCCUCUUGCUACACACCUCACUGUAAACACUAUGUCUCUAGGAGAUAAUCUUUAUAGGUAGUUAAAGGCUCUACAGAUACGCCUUUACGGUGUUGUCUGCUACCUUACCAGGGCAUGAUUCCUUCUCUUCCAAGUGUGGAUAGUCCACUCCAUCAGAAAAGCAUCAAGACAUUCUUUUCUUCCUUCUGCUUCUGGCCUCUUUCCCUUCCAGAUAGCUUACACUUUUCUGGUUGUACUUUCAAACAACAUGCCAGUCCUGCAGAGGCAAGGCUGUGAAAACUUAAGCUAAAAAUUAACUAUCAUGGACUCUGUGGCAAGUUACCUCCUCAUGGCCAGGUACCUGCACAACACUUAGUGAACACUUGUGAAGGUCUUAUGCUGUCAUUCAUUGUAUGGUUGUCUAGAAGUGUCUUCCUAAAAUAGCAGCAGUCAGUGCACUCACCUGCAGAUCUCCCUU